UCCAGACCCAAGCUCCACGUCCUCGAAUCCUGCGUGCCCCUGGCCAGACGCUCCACGGCCCCUCCGGGCCAGCCCAGUUCUGGAGCUCACCUCCAGGACCUGGAGCCUGCCCUCCUGCCCAGAAUGACUCACCAUUAUUUCUCGCUCAAGUGAGAAGACGUGAUGGACAGCCGGGCUGCCGAUUUGUGUAUCUAGGAUUCCCACGGUAUCUGAUCAGCUCUUCGAGGAAGAGAGCUUCCGGUUCCUGCCUUGCCAGCCAAGGGAGGCUGUCUCUCUGGUCCUCAGAGAGCCCUCGGGGCUCUCCUGCAGGAAUCCAGGCCAAUGCUUCUGUGUUUCCUGGGGCCGUAAGCAGCACCCUGAGUUCCCUGCUGCCUGGCAGCUGGAAGGCAUAGUGUGAGGCCCUUCUCUCAGCCCCCAUUAUGACAGUGGCCACCGGAGAGCCAGUGGACGAGGCCGCAGCCCUCCCCGGGCACCCGCAGGACACGUACGACCCCGAGGCCGACCAUGAGUGCUGUGAGAGGGUGGUCAUCAACAUCUCGGGGCUGCGCUUUGAGACCCAGCUCAAGACCUUAGCCCAGUUUCCAGAGACCCUCUUAGGGGACCCAAAGAAGCGGAUGAGGUACUUUGACCCCCUCCGAAAUGAGUACUUUUUCGAUCGGAACCGGCCCAGCUUUGAUGCCAUUUUGUACUAUUACCAGUCGGGCGGCCGCUUGAGACGGCCUGUGAACGUGCCCUUGGACAUCUUCUCUGAAGAAAUUCGGUUUUAUGAGCUGGGAGAAGAAGCGAUGGAGAUGUUUCGGGAAGACGAAGGCUACAUCAAGGAGGAAGAGCGUCCUCUGCCCGAAAAUGAGUUUCAGAGGCAGGUGUGGCUUCUUUUUGAGUACCCAGAGAGCUCGGGGCCUGCUAGGAUUAUAGCUAUCGUAUCCGUCAUGGUCAUCCUGAUCUCCAUCGUCAGCUUCUGCCUGGAGACCCUGCCCAUCUUCCGGGAUGAGAACGAGGACAUGCAUGGGAGCGGGAUGACCUUCCACACUUACUCCAACAGCACCAUCGGAUACCAGCAGUCGACCUCCUUCACUGACCCUUUCUUCAUUGUCGAGACUCUUUGCAUCAUCUGGUUCUCGUUCGAAUUCUUGGUGCGGUUCUUUGCCUGCCCCAGCAAAGCAGGCUUCUUCACCAACAUUAUGAACAUCAUUGACAUUGUGGCCAUCAUCCCCUACUUCAUCACCCUGGGGACAGAGCUGGCCGAGAAGCCAGAGGACGCCCAGCAAGGCCAGCAGGCCAUGUCUCUGGCCAUCCUCCGUGUCAUCCGGUUGGUAAGAGUCUUUAGGAUUUUCAAGUUGUCUCGACACUCCAAAGGUCUCCAGAUUCUAGGGCAGACCCUCAAAGCCAGCAUGAGAGAAUUGGGCCUCCUGAUAUUCUUCCUCUUCAUCGGGGUCAUCCUUUUCUCUAGUGCUGUCUAUUUUGCAGAGGCUGAUGAGCGAGAGUCCCAGUUCCCCAGCAUCCCGGAUGCCUUCUGGUGGGCAGUCGUCUCCAUGACAACUGUAGGCUAUGGAGACAUGGUUCCAACUACCAUUGGGGGAAAGAUUGUGGGGUCCCUCUGUGCAAUUGCAGGUGUGUUAACCAUUGCCUUACCGGUCCCCGUCAUAGUGUCCAACUUCAACUACUUCUACCACCGGGAGACAGAGGGAGAGGAGCAGGCUCAGUACCUGCAAGUGACAAGCUGCCCAAAGAUCCCGUCCUCCCCUGACCUGAAGAAAAGUAGAAGUGCCUCUACCAUUAGUAAGUCUGAUUACAUGGAGAUCCAGGAGGGGGUCAACAACAGUAACGAGGACUUUAGAGAGGAAAACUUGAAAACGGCCAACUGCACUUUGGCUAAUACAAACUAUGUGAAUAUUACCAAAAUGUUAACUGAUGUCUGAUUGAAACCUAUUAACACACCCGCAGCUCCAUGGAACUCCCGCAGAUACAGCAUAAAUAGCCUGCGUUGUAGUCAGUGUGUUCUACAGUGUACAUCUGCUUCUGCAUGGGAAGCAGUAGUUGUGCAAGUGACUUUUGAUCUUUUGAUUUUUGAUUUAGAACACAGAAUAUCUAUCCCUGGCUUUCAUGCAAAUAAAUCUUUAUCACUGGCCUAGGGGUUUCCAAACAGGGGAGUCCCCUAUGGAGCCAGAAUUUCAGAAGGACACACUGGGGCCACCUCCUAGUGGACACAUAACCUGCCCCAUCGGUGCCACCUUCCUUUCUGAAAUAAAUGCGCACACCUUCCCCUCCUCCCUGGGAGAUGCACCGCACCCUCCCCAGCCUCUGGGGCCCCAAACCCCCUGGGCCCAUAGGAGCCCCACCUCCCGCUUCACAGAGGAAUACCAUGGUGGCUUAGCUUGAAAGCACGGGGAAUUAUUCAAAAGGUCAUUUCCCAUUUUUGCAUUGAGAAGAACACGCAGGCCUGGCGUAUCGGAAUUAGACUCUCUGUGUCACGGGCUGGGGUUUGUGAAUUGCACUUGCCAAGUAGAUGCUCCGGAGGCUUGUGUUUCGUAACGGAAAAUGCUGCAUUUGGUUUUUCUCUGCAGUGUGGCUGUGAGGGAACCCCAGGGGGAGGGACAGUUGGGAUGACCGAACAUGAGUGGUUGGUCGAGUUGCACGUUGGGUCUCAGGCCGCUGGGGAGAAGCUAACCAACCCAGGGACCUCUCGGCUUCCGAUCUCUCCAUUUUCGCAGGCUUCAGGGUCACAAAACGUCUGACUCCCGCGUUCCGCUGGAGUUUGCAGACAUCUGCUUUCCUCGCACCGUGCUGACCCCCGCAGUGCGAUUACCAGUAAUGAGCUAGAGCUGCAUGGGUGUUUGUUGCAUGAAUCUCGAUAUUUAAACCACAGGAGAUAACCUAUUUUCUUAGUAGCCUACACAGUAUUCAUAUCUAGAGUAUUAAGAGCCCCGGAGUGGCAUUGAGCUAGGGGGUGUUUUGGUUGGUUUUGGUUUUCUCCCCCCCCGCCCCCCCGCCCCAAUCAGAAGACAAAAAGCCCUCAGUCAGGAGAAUAAAAAAGAGACUGUUUGGCAUGGGGAACCCCAACUUCCGGCUCCCCAGCCCACCCCAUCCCUGUUCUUCCACCUGGGGGCACAGACCUUUGCAAAGCCCAGAAGGGGGAGCAGGGGAAGCCGCGCUCGGACACCUCACAUCACCGCACCUUACGACUGAACCUAGUUAUGGGGAUGACUCUCUAGCUGACCCAGGCAUCUGGGCCUGAGGACAGGUGGAUUUGAGGAUCCAGUGUAUAUAAGCAUAUAUUGAGUAUCUCUCACGAGUUCUUCUACCUAGCUCGCUAUAGAAGAAAUUGCAUUUGAACCUUGUAUAAGCUUAUGCAAUAUUUCUGACACAGGGCAACUUACGCAUGUGUUUGACUAUGUGCACUAGCGUAUGUAUG